ACAUCUUCCUCAUCACUCCUUAUGCAGUUUGUGCAAUCUCCUCAGCUGAUUCAAAAGGUAAGAUUUUUUUAUUUGAUAGGACUACAACCAAUUAUAAAUUAUAAAAUAAAUUAAAGAUGUUUGAGGUAAAAAUUUAUGAAACGUAAUUAUAAAAUUUCCUAAAGUUUAUUUUAGAAUUUGAUAAUUUAGUUUCUAAACCAGUCUGUCACAUCCUGAGUUGGUUUGAUUAUAUUUUAGUUAAAUAGUUAUGACUGCAUAUGAGUGGCUUUUCAAAUUAGCAAUCAUAUUGGACAAGCAAUGUUUAAAAGUUAAGAGUAAAUUUUCUGAAUAAAUAUUACUCCAGUUACCCAGCCAUUAACUUUUAUAUGAAUUAAAGAUACUAUUUUAGUUAGUGUAUUAUAUUGUUUGUCCUUCUCACGCAAAGAUGACAAAGGCUUUGACGGAGUAUUAGCUUUAACUUGAGCUGUAUUUUGUUUAAAGUGAGGGACAGCUGCUCAAUUUGCCAGCCUCAAUCUAUGGUCCUUGAUUAUUUGUUUCAAUGGCAAGACUUAGUCAAGGUGAAUGGAAAUAGACCAGGAUGCAGUAGAUGACCAGCAGUGUUUAUUUUGUAUAUCUCACUUUGCUCUUUACAUGUUCCACGUCACAUGAGUUGUUGGCAUUUUCUUUGUGUCAGUGUCAUACUACAUCAUUAUCAUCAUGUCCCUUAGUCCUUGGACCGUUGGGGCGCCACAGAUGACAUGAAAACGAUCCUCCUCCAUUCUCUGCAUACCACAUAUAGGACUCCAUUGCAGAAUUUGAUUUCACAGUUCUUAGAUGAGUUGUUAUUCAAGGUUAACGUGUCCCAUCCAUCCAGGGUCCUAGUGUUCUUUUUGCUUGUCUAGGCUUUUGCUGGGGAUUGACUCAGUUCAGAAAGCUCGGCCACCCAGUGUAUGACAUAGCCUUCAUCAAGAAACAUUUUAAAAAAAUAUUAUUUGUAGGAAGCUCUUGAUUUUUAAAAAGAAAGGUAAAUUGAAUUUGAAGUUCUAUAUUUACUUGUCAAAAUGAAGCAGCUGUGUCUCAUCCAAAUACAUUUUAAAAAAAUAAUGCUAAAUAUUAUACAUCUUUAUCUUUUUGUUUGUCAUAACUUAGGCCAGCCUGAAUCAAAAGGAGCUUGAGAUUCGUAAGUUAAAACAGCAACUGAAUGAUGAGAUAUAUAUGAAGGAUGAGUUAAAAUUUACAAUUCAGGAUCAUAUAUCUCAGUGUGCUAUGAAAGGUAUGCCAUCUUUAAGCUAAUUUAAUUAAAGUUUGUGGAUGAGAGGAUUUUAACGUAACAAAUCUUUUGUGAAAUAUCAUGUUGUGUGCGUGCAAGCAUGUCUUAAUUUUAUUUGUGUUAUAAUAGGUAUUCAGAUUCAGAAAUUUGAAAUGUUCGAAAUCUUAUUGUAUAGCCACUAUUUUACAUUGUGUUUCAGAUACUGAGAUUGCUAAAUUGCAGAGCAGGAUCAAAGAACUUGUUCUUUUACAAGAUGCCAUGGAUGAUCUUCAAGAAUUAAAACUCAGUUACAGAGAAAUGGAAGAUGAACUAUUCAAGUGGGUUUGAAAUAAUUUUAAGAUUAACAAAGAACUCAAUAAACUGUAUUUCAAGUAAAUCUACAGCUGGAAAUCUUCAUUUAAAAGCAUCGAUGACCAUAAAUAGAUAUUUACAUAUUCAAACAAGUGAAAGUAAAAAUAAAAUGAAACUACGUAAAAUAUGUUUAUUCGUUAAAACAUACAGCAUAUUUUACUCAAAGUGUUAUAUUGGGAUUUCAUUUAGAGAGAGAGCCUGAUUAGUAGCUAUAUUUAAAUUUUAAAAAAUAAUAAAUUAAACUUUAUUUAGUAUUUUGUGAAGUAUUUACAAGACAAUGAUUUAAAACCAAUAAAUGUUACAUUUUCUGUAAAACAUAACACAUUUGGCUAGUUGUAAUAUAAUUUUUCAGAACCUGAACAUAAAAUAAUGAAUUUUCAGAUAAAGUUUUGUUAAAAUGAUUCAGCCUAAAUAGAUAGAAUAUUUUAUUUCAGAUAUAAGAACAAAGUUUUAAAGUUGCAAGAUUUUGAAGAUCAAGCCAAACAUCAAGAAAAAGAGAUAAAUGCACAGUGCGAGGAGUUGGAUAAGUUGCGUCAUGAG